AUGGCAACACUUGAUUUAAUAGAACUUGUUAAACAUGCCAAGGAAGCUGGUCUUCCUCCGGCUGAUAUAAAUGCCCUAGUUGCAAGGGAAGAAGAGAGAGUAGAGUUCCCGGGAUUAAAAUUACCUUCCUUUAACGACGGUAAGGAUGAAAUUGACGACUACUUAAAACGCUUCGAGAGAGUGGCAGAAUUGCAAAACUGGGGAGUUCAGAACUAUUACAUUUACUUGGGGUCCUUCUUGACAGGGAAAGCGCUAAAAACCUAUGUAAGUUUACCAGAUGAAAUACUUCAUAAUUAUGAUCUGCUCAAAGAUGCAUUACUUAAAACCUACUCAGUUGACGCAGAGUCCUAUCGAAAGAAAUUCAGAGAAAGUAGAAUAGGGGAAAACGAGACCUACAUCCAAUUAGUCUCGCGGAUGGAGCAGUAUUUGUCGAACUGGCUCGCUUUAAGCAAUGUGAAAGAGGAUUACCAUGAACUAUGCGAAUUUCUAGUGCAAGAUCAAUUGCUAAGCAACUGUCCUACCGAUCUUAGGGUGUUCCUAAAAGAGAGGAUAUUUAAUAAAGUAACUGAAAUGGCACAAGCAGCCGAUAGAUUUAGGUCUGCUCAUAGAAGGCUCAAAACUAAGUACGUGAAUUACUCUAAGAGUGAAACUAGCGAGAAGCUAUCUAUCUCAGCAGGUGUUGUGUGCCAUAGUUGUAACAAGGCAGGUCAUAUUCGUCCCAAUUGCCCUGAUUUAAAAUCACGUACUGGUAUGAAGUGUCCUCCUAAUAAAGUAAACUUUGUCUUAGAGUCUGAUCUCACACCGAAGAAUAGUGUUACUGGGAAGGCUUUACUUUUUAAUAAGCCAGUGGAUGCUCAUUUUGACUCUGGAUGUUCUACCAUAAUAAUUAGAGAUAAUCUUGUCCCCCCUCAUGUAAAGAAAGGAAAAUUAGUUACGCUUUACGAUUACUUGGGAGUAGGAAGAAAUUUCCCUCGCAUAAGAUGCUAUAUUAAGAGUGAUUUCUUGACAGGAUGGGUCAAUGCUGUUGCAGCCCCCAUUAAAUUUACAGACAUCCUCAUAGGAAUGGUACCGGGAGUAAAAGCGCCUUCCGUUGACAUACCAAAUGAAGUAAAAUCAGACUGUGAUAAUACAAAUAUCAUCAUGGGCGUUCAAACGCGUAAUUCUAAAAUGAGAGCGGAAGCAAGCGUACCACUUGUUGUCCCCGAUUUAUCUCUUAAGGACAUCUCUAAGACAGAUAUAAUUGAUGCCCAAAGUAAAUGUCAGACAUUGAGGGAUAUAAGAAAUAAAGUUGCUAAUAACUCGACAGUAAAUGUAAAAAACAGAACUGUCAAGUAUGAGGAAGUUGACGGCAUUAUUUACAGAAAGUGUAUUUCGAGUAAGCAUAAUCAUGAAAUCGGGAGAAAGCAGUUAGUCGUGCCAAGUAGUUUUCGACAAUACAUACUGUCAACCGCUCAUGAUUCCGUUGUUUCCGGACACUUUUCUCAUCGGAAAACUGCUGAUAAAAUCUUCAGGAAAUUUUUCUGGCCUGGAGCUGGUUCGGACAUAAAACGAUACUGUAGGUCUUGUCACGUAUGUCAAAAAUCUACACCUAAAGGCAAAAUACGCAAAGCGCCGUUAGUAUCGAUGCCAAUAAUAAGCGAACCUUUCAGCAGAGUAGCUAUCGAUCUCGUUGGCCCACUCAUUCCCUCAGAACGUGGUCAUAAGUACAUACUGACCGUCAUUGACUGCGCAACGCGAUUUCCCGAGGCAGUUCCUUUAAGGAGCAUAGAUACGGUAUCUGUGGCUGAAAAUCUCGUCAAUAUCUUUUCUAGAGUUGGCAUACCGAAAGAGAUGUUGUCUGACCGAGGAACACAAUUUAAAUCGGAUUUGAUGAAAGAGAUAAACCGCUUGUUAUCCAUCAAAGCCAUCUUUACGAGUCCUUAUCACGCAUGUUGCAAUGGAACCGUAGAAAGAUUCCAUGCCGUCCUUAAGUCAAUGCUUAAGAAGCUAUGUAUCGAAAAGCCCCGUGAUUGGGAUAGAUAUAUUCCCUCCGUUUUAUUUGCUUACCGCGAAAUCCCUAAUGAUACCUUGGGAUUCUCGCCUUUCGAACUACUGUAUGGUCGUCAGGUGCGCGGACCACUAUCUAUUUUGCAUGAUCUGUGGACUAACUCUUGCUUAGAGGACGAUGUGAAGACGACAUAUCAGUAUGUGCUUGACUUAAGAUUAAAAUUAGAAGAAUCUGCACAACUUGCAUCUGCACAUGCAGAUAUUAAUAGUAAACUGUAUAAGAGUUACUUUGACCGAAGCGCUAAACGUCGCGUUUUUGCGGAAGGAGACGAGGUACUUGUUUUGCUGCCUUCAACACACAAUAAGCUAACGAUGCAGUGUAAAGGCCCUUUUUCUGUAAUUAAGCGCCAUGAGAAUGGUGUAGAUUAUCUGGUGAAAACUAAGGGUAAAAUCAAACUCUACCAUGUAAAUAUGCUUAAGAAAUACGUAAGAAGAGAAGGCGAAGAUAAGAGUAAAGAGGUUUGUCGUAUGUGUAUAGUGGAUGAUAGUGAAGUAGCCAAAGAUACUUGUAGCAUAGCUGUUCUAGACCAAGCUGAAAGCAAGUUUAACAUAAGUAACCAUCUCGAUUUUGAAGAAAAAGGUCAACUGAAUGAACUACUUGAUAAAUAUUCUGACGUGUUCUCUGAUGAGCCCGGUAUAACUAGUGCGGUUAUCCAUGACAUCAAAUUAACUACCGACAUUCCAGUUCAUCGUAAGCCCUAUCCUGUUCCUCAUCAUUUACUGAAAACCUUUGAAAAUGAAGUGGAGCAAAUGCUGAAGUUAGGAAUAAUUGAACCCUCCGAUUCACCCUAUUGUUCGCCCGUGGUUCUCGUAAAGAAAUCUGACAAUACUUGGCGGUUUUGCGUAGACUUCCGAGCGCUUAAUGAUGUCAGUCUUUUCGAUUCGGAGCCAAUGCCUACUCUCGAUGGAGCGCUGGGAAACUUUGUCGGCGAUUGCAUAUUCUCGGAAAUCGAUCUAUGCAAAGGCUACUGGCAGAUACCGCUGUCAGAACGUGCUAAAGCUUACACUGCUUUUGCUACCAACCGAGGGUUGAUGCAGUUCACUAGAUUACCAUUUGGCUUAAAAACCGCCUGUGCAACGUUCGUGCGUUUGAUGCGAAGAGUAUUGCAUGGCCUGAACAAUAUAGAUUGCUAUUUUGACAAUAUAGUAGUUCAUAGUAAUUCCUGGUCUGAUCACUUGCUAGAUCUCGAACGCUUAUUCGAAAGAUUGCGUAAAUAUGGUUUAACAGCAGGACCAAUUUUACCAAAUUUUGAAAAGAUCUUUUACGUAAGAACUGAUGCGUCCGACACUGGGUUAGGCGCGAUUCUCCUACAGAAAUCUGAAGGCAUACUAAUGCCAGUUGCAUAUGCCAGCCGAGCUCUUACAGACCGCGAGAAGAGAUACGCUGUUAUUGAGCGUGAAUGUUUAAGUAUCGUCUGGGCAAUUAACAAAUUCAAAUACUAUCUGUACGGACGUGAAUUUGUGCUCCAAACAGACCAACAGCCACUUGUAUAUCUGCGUAACAUGAAAAAUGGUAAUGGUCGACUCAUGCGAUGGUCUUUAGCAUUGCAGUCGUACUCGUUUGAUAUAGAAUAUAUUAAAGUCUCUAUGUAUGACAUUUGUGUGAACUUGAGCAGCCCAAAACUCUCCAAAUCAGGUCACCUAUGCCUCAUGUCGUGGGGUGUAAUCCCAGACCAGACGCCCCCCCAAAUCUACAGUCGCAUCUGUUCGAUCCAUCACGUCAAAAUUGUUUUAGAUGUUAAUAUAGAACUUGUGGCGCCUAGGUUCACACCAUUAAUUAGUGGGGAAAUUGCGAAAUGGCAAAAGCCCAUCCACAGACAUCAUGCUGUCCCUGGGAAGGCUGAGGUGGAGGAGAUACUGGCAGCUAUGAAAGAACGGGCUGCCUCAACAACAGAGCCCAUCGGGCAUAUUGUCAACACAUUCUACAUUAGAGUAGAAGGUCAGAUCACUACAUGCAACAUUAGAUUCUUAUAUGCUUGUAGAUUUACAGUGUCUGGAUCAAAUAGGCCAAAUAAAGGUGAUCCUCCACUUGUACUUACCACAAAAAUAAAGUACUAA